AUGGAAGCAAGCUGUUCAACAAGUUCCAGUGUGAGGAAGAGAGCACCAAUAACGUGCUACUGUAAUAAAAAACCUGUCCUAGUUGUGGCGUGGACUGAAGACAACCCUGGCAGAAGGUUCUAUGGUUGUCCAAACUACUGGGUGGGGCGAAAGUGUAGGUUCUUCCAAUGGCGUGAUGAUGAGAUAUGUGAACGUGGUAAGGUGCUUAUCCCACAGCAAAGGCAAAGGAUUAUCAAACUUAAGGCUGAACUUGCAGACUGCAAAAAGAGAGAGAAGUUUUUAGUUGUAGUUGUGGCAUUGUUAGUGGUGAUAUUUGCAGUUCUAUGUUUGCUUAGGUAG